UCCGGCCUCCAUCGGUCUCUCGCAGUCUUCCGGAUUCCGGUAGAGUUCCCCUAAAUCAGUGGAGCUCACUUUCAACUCGAAUAUGCAGACUAGUCAAGCUAUGAUGCUUGGUCCUCCGAGAUCUAGGAUAUAUUUAUUCACUUUAACUUGACUCGGAACGACUAUCAGACCAAUCUCAUUCAUUCAGACCUGCAGUUAGAGGUCCUUUUUUUGCGAUAUUAUUUACAAUGUCUGGCUACGAUUCAAGUCACUUAUCACAGGCCGAUUCUGGAAAGACAUCCCGAACGCGGAACUUCAUCGAGACCUUGUUCUCCAGAAAGGACGACUGGGAUAAUGCUUUCCCGGAGGCGCUGGCGGAUGAUCUAGUCUGGAUCACGAACGGCUCGUCUCCGAUAUCUGGACGUUAUGAAAGCAAGCAGGCCUAUGCCGACAGGGUUCUCAAGCCGAUGCAUGAAAUUGUGGAAAGGAUCCCGGCCCCGACUGUCAAACAUAUCUUUGCCGAUGGGCUCUGGGCCGUGGUUCAUUGGAGAUGUGAAGGUGUCAAGGCUAAGAAUGGUGCGAGCUACGAACAGGACUAUUGUUGGCUCAUCAGGACCAACGGUCAUCCGGAAAACAAGAUAGUCGAGAUCAUAUCCUGGUUCGAUCCAGCCAAGCUGUCCCUGGCAAUGGAAGGGACGAGUGUGACGUUUCCGGGUGCACAGUCCAAGAUUGAGUAAGAUCUGGGGGCUGGAUUGUGGUCUGCAUAGACUCUUUUGGAAUUGGGGGACAGAGUACGAAGUAUGUAGGGAUUCAGAACGUGUUAGGACUGUUACAUGGAGCCAUUGGAUAAGCGUUUGUACGCGGCUUUAAUAUUUGCUGCUAUACCUCACUCCGGAC